GCAUCCUGAACGUGGCGGGAGACAAACUGGAAUCAUCGAGGUAAACAAACCGUGAAAUCCGACUGUACGUGGUGACCGAUGAUGAGCAGGUUGCGAUCAGCGAUGCGUCAGAGCAAAAGAGGCGGAGUGGAAGUGAUAGAAUCUGCAAAAACAACGAGGAAGAGGACAAAGACAGCGGUGAAAGAAGAGGAAACCACUGCCUCACCGUCCUCGUACCACACCUUCACUGAUCCUGCUGCUGUGGUGCUGCUGCGCUCGGAGCUCCUGACGUGGUACGACAGGGAGCAGAGGGAGCUGCCAUGGAGGACUCUGGCUGUGACAGAACCAGACCUCAACAUCAGGACAUAUGCAGUCUGGGUUUCAGAAAUCAUGCUGCAGCAGACUCAAGUGGCCACAGUAAUAGAUUACUACAACAAGUGGAUGAAGCGGUGGCCGACUGUUCAGGAUCUGUCAGCUGCCACACUGGAGGAGGUGAACCAGAUGUGGGCGGGUCUCGGAUACUAUUCCAGAGGAAGAAGACUUCACGAAGGAGCUCAGAAGGUCGUGACAGAGCUGAAGGGACAGAUGCCUCUGACAGUUGACAGCCUGCUCAAGGAGUUACCUGGUGUGGGCCGCUACACUGCUGCUGCUGUUGGUUCUAUUGCACUGGGACAGGUAACUGGAGCUGUGGAUGGAAAUGUGAUCCGGGGGCUGUGUCGCCUGAGAGCCAUCGGAGCUGACAGCACCAGUCCUGCAGUAACUGAGGCUCUUUGGGAUCUAGCCAACACACUGGUGGACCCAGACAGACCUGGGGACUUUAACCAGGCCAUGAUGGAGCUGGGGGCCCGAGUGUGUACCCCUAAAGGAGCAGUGUGCAGCCAGUGUCCUGUCCAGUCUCACUGUCACUCGUAUCGCAAGGUGCAGCAAAACUCUAAGAAGCUUCUGGGGAAGCUGGGGGGGAAAACCUCAUCCCUGCCUGAUAUAGAAGAAUGUGUGAUCAGUGGAACAUGUCGGCUCUGUCCCUCGGAGCCGUGGGACAAUGCGUUGGGCGUUCACAACUUCCCCAGGAAGCCGGCAAAGAAGGCGCCCCGGGUGGAGCGAACUCUGACGUGUGUGGUGAUCAGACGUGGUGACGAGGGAGAGGACGAGUACCUGCUCAAACAGAGACCGGACAAAGGGUUGUUGGCAGGCUUGUGGGAGUUUCCUAGUCUUCUGCUGGAGGAGGAGAGUUCUGAGAUGAAACAGAAGAGGGCGCUCUGUGCUGUGAUCAGCAGGAUGCUGGGAACUAGUGUGACUGAGACCCUCCUCCAGCACAUCGGAGACGUGGUUCACAUCUUCUCCCACAUCCACCAGACGUAUGUGGUUCACAUUGUGCGCCUGAAUGACUUAGACACACAAACACACACUGAAAACACACAGUGGCUCAGCAGAGCUGCACUACAGGAAGCUGCCGUGUCCACAGGAGUGAAAAAGAUUGUGAAGCUGUAUGAUUCUGUGGAGAGUCAGAAAGAACAGACCUCUAAGAAUGGAAAGAAGCAAAACGCAACUGGUGUCAAAAAUAACAAGAAGCCACUGCCCUCCAAAAAAGCCAAACUGGGCGCAGAGAGCAGCGGAGGCCGACAGCUCUCGCUCAGCUGCUUCUUCAAAGCAGUGAAAGAGGAAAGUUGAUGGAAUUGGAUGUGAAAGUCCAACAUGGUGCCUUCACAAGUGUAUGAACUCCCCUGUUUCCACAUGAAUGUAUUGUUUUGAUCCCAUCACCGAAUUCUAUCCAAUAAUUUGAAGUGAUACGUUUUUAAAUGGCUUUAUAUUGAGUGUGUAUACAGCUCUUAUAAAUCCCUGUGGGGACUUUUAGUGCAUCAUGUUGAUUUUGAAUGACCUCAUUGCAGAUCAUGUUUUUAUCACCAUAUUAUGAUCAUGCAGACUUUUGCCUUUUCACCUUUAUGAUUAAGAUGUGAACACUUCCUCCACCGCUGAGUGUUGUACAGAGCUCUGCUAGUUCACGGUUGGAGAACAUCAUCAAUGUUGAUGAGAAAAACACUGACAGUAAUUUAGCUGAACAAUGAGACAUAAGAUGAUUUCCUCUGUGUAGCUCAACUAAUCUCUAGUCUCUAAACUCCUCUGACUGUUUACAACACACCCACAACAAUAUCUGUUUAUGAUCCGGUCACAGUAUUAAAUAAAGUUUACGUUUGUGUA